AUGGAAACAAAUCUCCAUUCACCUGCUCGACUCACUCCGAGUCAUAUGUCGCCGUCGCGCCUUUCUCCGUCGCGAAUGUCGAUAAAUCAGAGCACAUUUCUGGCGAACAUGAACAAUGACGAUAGUCCCAGCCGAAAUUACGCUAGCGACAUUGGUGCCGGGAUGUCAAGUUCAAAAGUGAUAGAAACGCUACAUGCACAGAUAGACAAACUUUCGCAAGCGAAUUUGGAGCUCACAAUGCAAUCGAGCAAUCUGCUUACUCGCCUGGAGACGUCGAAUCAACGACAGGCACAACAAAUUGAAACGAUCUCAACACUUAAACAUGAAAACGAGAAUCUGGGGUCUGUUUUGGGAAGAAAAGAGCGGAAGAUUAAGGAAUUAGAGUCGCAGCUUGGCCGAUUGAGGGUUUCAUAUGAAGCGGCCGUUUCUCAAAAUGAGGCACUUCAACAGAGCUUAGAAAAUUCGGACCGUAAAGGAGGCACGCUCGAAGUUCAAAUGCAACAAACGCAGGCUCAAUAUGACGCCUUGCUCGACAGCCAUAAACGCUACCGUAAUUCGUACGAAACUGAUAUCUCUGACCUACGCCAAAGCCUCGAACAAUACAAAGUGGAUGCAGAACGGCAUUUUACCUUAAAAUUGGAAAAGUUGACACAGGUGAACUCAGAGCUACAAACAAAAUUGCAUAAGUAUUCUCUGCAAUACAAGGAGCUGGAAAACGCACGCCAGGAACAACUCCAAGAAUUAAGCAAAAAAGUUGAUACAUUGCGUGAUCAGCUUGAUUUACAUGCAUGGGAACGUCUUUAUGACGAGUCAAAAGAUUUAACACUAAAGUACAGUGAGCAGACAGGUGUACCCUUGUCACCGGAAUUUUUUGAAGAACAUGAUUCCCAGAAACUGGCAUCAUCUUCCAUUCAGAAAAGCAGGUUAUCCACGACUGCUUCCAGCAUUCCAAAUGGUAGCAGCAUCCCUGGCCAACCUCAGCUUCGAAUGUCAAAAGUACGUAACACGAGUGCUGGAAAGAGAAGCAGUUUCUAUGGCUCAAACAUCUCCAUUUCGCGGCCGCAGCCGUCUUCCACGACUAUGCCACCGCCUUCCUCCCCUGCACUACCCGGCGUCAAGAGGUUUUCGUCAGUUAAGUCGACACCCUCUCCCAGUACUUCUCGACAUCCUUCGGAUGAGCCCCUGGGGCCCGUUAUCAGUGGUAACGCCAAGGACGGUGUUCAGCGUUCGAACUCAAUAACCAGAGUUGCCUCAAAACGAAACAACUCCAGUCGAAGGAAGAAAAGCAUUUCACACUCCAGAACACCUUCCAAUUCUUCAAACGUUGAGAACUGA